AGUUUACAUCACGCAAUGGAUAGUUCUCUGUCGUAUCUGCCAGUAAAUCCCGCAAGUUUAAUGCUGAUUGUUUUAGUCAUCUCUCUUCUGGAUUACAUGUUUAAUUGUUGGUCUGAACUCAAUCGAAACACUGCAAUUGGUACAAAUUAUAUAACCAGCGUCAACAGGUGUCUGGCAAGCAGUUCACUUUUCGAUAGGACAUGGGACGCCGAGACUUCAAAUGGACGCAUCUGCGGCUUGAGACACCUUCAACUGCGCCAUCGUGUCAAACUGAUGGCAGGAGUUAAGCGGCGGCUCGACCAGGACUUCUAACACAUAAUAAAACGAGGGG